CCACAGACCCCAUCCUGGAGCAGCCUUGGGGAGCCUGAGCAUCGAGAAAUGAGUUUCCUAGAGCAAGGAGAUAGCGCCUCAUGGCCAUCACCGACCAUGACCACCAAGUCAGAAAGAACCUGUGGGAAAUGGGGGGCCAAGGCCUCGACAGGGACAAGGCAGGACGCUGUGGAGGAAGGGGAGCCACCAGUCCUGGGGGAAGGUCCCCAGUCCAGGGCAGCUGCUGAGUCCACUGGGCUAGAGGCCACAUUCCCCAAGGCCACACCCUUGGCUCAAGCUGCUCCCUCGCCCUGGGCAGGCACCCCACCAACAGAGUGCGACCUCCUGCACCCUGCCUGUGCCAUCUCAGCUGCGAGCUCCAGCACGGAUGAUCUGGAGCUGGGCAUAGAGUUCCCAGUCACAGCAGGCUGGGGGUAUGAGCUUGAAGGCCUGGUGGAAGAGAGGCCUGCCCUGUGCCCAUCCCCCAAGGCCCCACUGCUCAAGCUGAGCUGGGAUGAUGAGCUGCUGAAGCCUGGGGCCCAGGUCUACAUGCACUUCAUGCAGGAGCACACCUGCUAUGAUGCCAUGGCAACCAGCUCCAAGCUGGUCAUCUUUGACACCAUGCUGGAGAUCAAGAAGGCCUUCUUUGCCCUAGUGGCCAAUGGUGUGCGGGCAGCACCUCUAUGGGACAGCAAAAAGCAAAGCUUUGUGGGGAUGCUGACCAUCACAGACUUCAUCUUGGUGCUACACCGCUACUACAGGUCCCCCCUGGUCCAGAUCUAUGAGAUCGAAGAACAUAAGAUUGAGACCUGGAGGGAAAUCUAUCUGCAAGGCUUCUUCAAGCCUCUUGUCUCCAUCUCUCCCAAUGACAGUCUAUUUGAAGCCGUCUACACCCUCAUCAAGAACCGGAUCCAUCGCUUGCCUGUCCUGGACCCAGUUUCAGGCAACGUGCUCCACAUCCUCACCCACAAACGGUUGCUGAAGUUCCUGCACAUCUUUGGCUCCCUGCUGCCCCAGCCCUCCUUCCUGUCCCGCACCAUCCAAGAUUUGGGCAUUGGCACAUUCCGAGACUUGGCUGUGGUCCUGGAAACGGCCCCGCUCCUGACUGCACUGGACAUCUUUGUGGACCGGCGUGUGUCUGCACUGCCUGUGGUCAAUGAGUCUGGUCAGGUCGUGGGCCUCUAUUCCCGAUUUGAUGUGAUUCACCUGGCUGCCCAGAAAACCUACAACCACCUAGACAUGAGUGUGGGAGAAGCCCUGAGGCAGAGAACACUGUGUCUGGAGGGAGUCCUUUCCUGCCAGCCCCACGAGAGCCUGAGGGAAAUCAUCGACAGGAUUGCCCGGGAGCAGGUACACCGGCUGGUGCUAGUGAAUGAGACCCAGCAUCUCCUGGGGGUGAUCUCCCUCUCUGACAUCCUGCAGGCGCUGGUGCUCAGCCCUGCUGGCAUUGAUGCCCUCGGUGCCUAA